AUGGCGAGCCAGGCGGCCCCAAUGGAGGAGAUUAUCUGGAGAUCCCCCCAGCACGUGCAGAUGAUGGGGGGUUACCUGCACUCCAACAACAUCCUCUUUUACUUUGCCGAGUCCACAUUCUUCGAUCCUCAGUCCAAUAAUGGUAUCCUCGCGACGCAAGCAACAUACAACGAGUCCCUCCGGCACGUCGUUGAAACACGCGCGACAUUCGAGAGCAAAUUGAAGCAGAUGCAAGGCCUGGAGUUCAUCGUCUCAUUCGACCCUCUCGAGGCCGCCGCACAGUCGAACCCGAAUCGCUUUGACUUUGAGCCAAAUAAUAUCUGGGUCAUUCGCAAGCAGGAUCGACGCAAGCGGAGUGGAAUGGAGGAUGAGGUGACGGUGAUUGCGACUUAUUUCGUGGUCGGCGAUACUAUUUACAUGGCACCGUCUGUCGCCAGUGUGGUCGGAAACCGAAUUUUGACCGCCGUCACCUCUCUUUCGCGACUCUCGAAAGCAGCCUCGGCCCUGCCUACAUUCACCCCAGCCACAGGCCACACAUAUCUACCACCCGCAGCCCGCACCACGGAACCCGGUCAGCAGGCAUCUCAGCAGAGCAAGGAGAACACUCCGAUGCCUGAUGCGACUCAGUCUUCUGCCGCCGAAUCGCAAUCAACAGGCAAGGCUAGUCUCGGUGUCUCGACGACAAGCACCAGCUACCAAGACACGCGAAGCUUGGCCGAGGCGUUCCACCUUUUCACCCAAUACGGCGAUGAAUUCAUGGACGAGCAUCCGUUAACCGGAGAGCCUGGCUCGUUUAUUCUCUCGCGGGUCGGCGAGGGCGAUCGCGCAGCUGGCGCCGCAGCGAAGACCGCAGCCAAUCGGACUCUGGGUACGGGAAUGAACACGCCAUCCGGUGUACGAGGGCGAUCAACAACCCCACAAGUUCGAAUCGACACACCUGGAAAGGCCUCGGAGAAGAGUAGCUCCCCGCCUAGCUCGGGCGAGAAUAAAGGGAAAAAGAGGAAGAACCGCGUUGCGAGCUGA